GGAGGGACAUGAGGUAUGCAUGAAAGGCUCCGUUGAGGAAAGAGAGACAGAUCAGCAGAAUUGCUUCUCCAGCUGAGCAACUGGAUAAAACUGCCAAUAAAACUUUGCACCCUGCCAUGCUAACAUCAGUCCAGACCCUUUGUGUUCAGGGUACAAUGUGCAGGCUGAUUUUCUCAGAGUCUGGACGCUGCCUAUGAGUCUGUCCGUACAGCCGCUGGACACACCGAGCAGCCACUUUUAUUUUAGUUUGUUGUCGGUCAGGAGGGAGGCACAAAAGGAGCUGACAUGCAGAAUGUACCAAAGGAGUGGAGGGAAGAACAGAGCGUGGGAGGAGGAAGAGACACAGAUGUUAAACCGUGGGAGGGUAGAGAGGCCUUGUUCCAAAAGAACACCGGUAACUCCAAACAGGACAUGUCCACAGGGAAAGAGAAGAAGAAUGGAGAGAUGAUGAACGGAGGGGGAAAGGGGAUGGAGGGGACGGAUAAAGAGUCGCUGAUGAUGGAGCUGACCCGUCUGGUUCAGAAGACAGUGAAGGAGAGUAGUUGGUGGGAGCGGAGAGGCAUCGACAUCACUAUCCUGGCCCUCUCCUUUCUCCUGCUACCCCCAGCAUUCCUGCUGCUUGGUUCGUCCCAGGCCCUGGUGUUUGUCCUGGGCAUGGUGCUGAUGGGCGUGUCCCAUGCUGUCAUCACCAUCAAGGGCACCCAUCUGGCAAGUCACGGAUCGCUGAGCGAGUCCCCUACCUGGGCCGAUGUCUGGGCUGUGUUUUUCAUAGAGGUGUGUGGGUCUUUCACAGCAAGGGCAGGUGUAACAAGCCACAUUAAGAUGCACCAUGCCCACACCAACGUGAUCGGCCUGGGUGACUCCAGCACCUGGAAGAUACCCUACCUGCCCCGGGGUGUAUACCUGUUCAUUGCCCCCCUGGCUGUACCUGUUAUCACUCCUCUGGUGGCACUAGGUCAGCUGAAGGAGCACUCAAUGGGCCAGGCCCUGAGGACAGUCCUGAUGGUGUUCCUGGGGUUGUACGCUCAGUACUGGCUGUUGAUCCAUGUCUCUGGUUUCCAGUGUCUUUACAGGACCCUCCUCUGUAUGCUGCUCUGCAGGGCUAUGUUCUCCCUGCCCUACAUACACGUUAACAUCUUCCAACACAUCGGCCUGCCUAUGUUCUCCCCGACCCGUCGGCCCAAGAGGAUUUACCAGAUGACCCACGGGGUUCUGAACCUUCCUCGGAACCCCCUGCUGGACUGGAUCUUCGGACACUCCCUCAUCAACUGUCACGUGGAACACCACCUGUUCCCCUUCCUCUCGGACAACAUGUGUCUCAAGGUAAAGCCCAUCGUGUCCCAGUAUCUGAAGGAGAAGGAGCUCCCAUACCAGGAGGAUAGCUACCUCUCCCGUCUGCAACUCUUCUUUCACAAGUACCAGGAGCUCAUGGUUUUCGCACCACCCAUCACGGAGCUGGUGGGGGUGCAGUGAUGGAGCAGAGAGGUCGAGGAUGAGGCGGAGGACAGGAAACAGGGAAUAUACCAUCUACUAACCCAUGCUGCUAUGUGCAGUCACUGAAUUAAGAGACUGCUACCACUGUCCUACUGUAUCUAGGAGGAUCAUUCUUUAAGUGCACAAACUCCAACUCACUGACAUUAACAUAGCAAUAUAUAUACUGCAAUAUUAAUAAAUGAUUUCUGUCGAAAAACAAUUACAUGAAACAAAUACACUGUAAAUGUAUCUGCACGAUCUAACACUAUAACAUGAUAGGCUAUACCAAUGAUCUUUACUCAAGACAAUGUGUAGUUAAACAACCCACUGCGCACAUAACGGUUGAAUCAAUGUUUUUUUACAUUCAAUUUUAAUUAAAUUAUGUGGAACCUAAGUAGAAUAGACUAAUUGAUGUCUGUGCCCAUUGGGAACAAAAAUAAGGCACUUUAUGGGAUAAAUACACUACCAUUCAAAAGUUUGGGGUCACUUAGAAAUGUCCUUGUUUUUGAAAGUGUCCAUUAAAAUAACAUCAAAUUGAUCAGAAAUACAGUGUAGACGUUAAUGUUGUAAAUGACUAUUGUAGCUGGAAAUGGCAGAUUUUUUAAUGUAAUAUCUACAUAGGUGUACAGAGGUCCAUUAUCAGCAAUCAUAACUCCUGUGUUCCAAUGACACAUUGUGUUAGUGAUAUGUCAUUUUGUAAUCAAUGUUCAUUAAUUUCAAUCAUCUUAAUUGGUCUGAAACCCAGAGUUUGUAAAGUUCUGGUUGAAAUGAAACAGACAGAAUUCCCAGCUCACAAUUGAUCAAAUCCAAGUUUAUUUGCGAGAGGUCUCUCGUGCAUACACAAAGACUUUCCUUUUAUAACAUUCUAACCUACGCACAUACAUACACACUAACAUUUGGAUUCUCUUUUUCUCCUGAAGUCUCACCACAGUUUAUUACCACUCAGCUGACAGUUCCAGUCCCCCUCAGAUACGGGAAACUUGGAGGGGCUCUCCCUGUCCUAUCUCCCCAGAGUUAUAGCUGGGUCGGUUCAAACAUAGGUUAAGGAUCCUCUUUGUUUUCAUUAGGCACACACAUACAUUCCUCUCUUCCCCCCUCCAACCUAGAUGGAGCUGUGUUUAUUAUUUUUUAAUUACUCCUUGUUCAUGCUACAUAACCUCUGAUCCCUAAUGGUUAAGUUUCCAGGUAGAAUUAUCAUGCAUCUUAACCUCUUCGAGAUAGGGGGCGCUCUUUUAAUUUUAGGAUAACGUUCCCGUUUUAAAUAAAGAUAUUUUGUCACGAAAAGA